CCUCUGAACCACCACGAACCGGUGUGAUUCUCUGAGUCGUCAGUGUGCACGACCGAGAGAGAGAGAUGGCGGCGAAAUCGAUGGCGACGCUUGAUUCUGGCACAACCUGCUCCUCAUGGAACUACUCCGGCCACCGAUUAGCCGCCGGAUCCAUAGACGGAACCCUCUCCGUUUACGACUCUCCCGUUCCAUCUUCCUCUUCUUCUUUCACUAGCAGUUCCAAAGUUAGGGUUAGCGAAUCGAGUCUUGUAAAGAUCCUCUGGCUUCCUUCGGAAUACGGCGAUGCAGUCGCCUGCAUUUGCGAAGACGGCAGCUUAUCAAUUUGGGAGGAGGUCUCUCAAGACACGCAUGCUCUUGAGUGGAAACUGCGUAAGAGCAUGAUGAACAAGUCUACCCAAGUGCUUGAUGUUCAGUUUGGGGUCUCCAAAAAGAGUCUAAAGAUGGUUGCAGCAUAUUCAGAUGGGUACAUUAGGGUCUUUGAGCUAUUGAAUCCAUUGGAACUGAAAAACUGGCAACUUCAGGCUGAGUUUCAGAAUGUUAUUGAUUCUCUGUCGGCUCUGGGCAAACCAUCAACCCUGUCUGCAUCUGUUUCUUGGAAUCCAAUGAGGAGUGGGGAGCAAGAACCCAGCUUUGUUUUAGCUUUCAACUCUGAUUCUCCUCAUCUUAAUUCUUCCAAGAUCUGGGAGUUUGACGAAGCUCAUAACAGAUGGUUGGCUGUAGCAGAAUUAGCCUCACCAGAAGACAAAGGUGAUCCAGUUUAUGCUGUCUCGUGGGCCCCAAAUAUUGGCCGACCAUACGAGGUUGUUGCUGUUGCAACUCAUAAAGGCAUAGGGAUAUGGCAAGUUGGUCUGGCUCCUGACCUUGAUGGAAGGCUUCCUGUAAAGAAGGCCGCCUCGCUUUCUGGUCAUCAAGGCGAGGUUUGGCAGAUGGAAUGGGACAUGAGUGGCAUGACUUUAGCUACCACUGGAAGCGAUGGGAUGGUCAGAUUGUGGCAGUCCAACUUAAAUGGUGAGUGGCACGAACAGGCCAUGCUCGAACCAGUCCCCUCCUGAAGAUUCCGGACUCACUUAUUUAGAGUUUAGUUCGAUGAUUCAUAUCUUUCAAUGUGAGUUAAAAGGUUUCUAAGCUUUCUAUUGUAUAACAAAUCAUAUCUUACAAUGGUUUCAAUUUCAUCUCGGUUUUGACGUU